AUGGACAAACUGGAACGGGUCCGAAAUGCGCAGCUUGCGCAGGUGAAAAGGGAGCUUGCAGCGGCCGAAAAGCUCGGCGAACGGAAAGCGUCCAUUGGAGAAGCGACGGAUCGGCUGGAGCUGCUCAAAGAACUCGCCGGAAAGUUCCGGCUGACACAGGAGAGCAUCGAACAGGAGCAAGAGAAUCCGGAGGUCAUUGCCUCAGUCCACGACUAUCGGGAGGAAUUUAACGAAUCGUACUACGCUGCACGGAACCUUUGGGAAAAGUACAUCGUUGACAACAAUCCGGAUGAAACAGGUUCUACGGAUAGUGGCCACACGGUGAUCGAUGGAAACGGCGAACUGCGCGAAGCGAUGCGACUACUGCUGAACACUCAGCGUACCAUGAUGGAGCGUUCGGGGAAUGCAGGUGGAAAUCUGGAGACGGCGGGGAACAACGUACCGAACGUUAGACUUCCGGCGAUCGACGUGCCAAAGUUCAGCGGGGAACGGAAGCACUGGAGCUCUUUCAAAGACAUCUACACCACGACCAUUCACAACCGGAACGAUUUGAGACCGUCGCUGAAGAUGCAGUACUUGGUGUCGUAUGUGGACGGGUUCGCGCAGCAGCUAGUAGGUCGGUACUCGAUCUCGGAUGCCCACUACGAGGAGGCAUGGACAGCUCUCACGGACUACUACGACAAGAAAAAGUUCACCGUAUUUGCCUUGGUUCGAGAGUUCGUGGAACAACCGGCGGUGGAAGAAGCAGUUUCCGGCAAACUUCGAAAGCUCGCCACGACUUCCGAUGAGGUCGUGCGUCAACUCAACGCACUUGGAGCUGAGUUCAACACACGAGAUCCGUGGCUUAUCCACAUUCUGCUGGAAAAGCUCGACGAUGAAACGCGUUCCCUGUGGGCGCAACGUAUUGUCGAAGUGGACAACCCCUCGUUGGACGACUUCCUGAAAUUUUUGGGCAACCGGUGCGAUGCGCUGGAAACCUGCUCAGCGUUUUCGAAGAAGGUGUCGCCGAACGGUCCCAAGAAGGAGACCACGAAGAAACCGCCGUCGGAGAAGAAAGUGCAGUCGUUAUACUCGGCGGCGGUGGAGGAAAAGUGCGCGAAAUGUUCCAAAGAACAUCCGUUGUACCAGUGUGACGAAUUUAGGAAGAUGGACCUGCAGUGCAAACGGGAUCUGGUGGCACAGGAAAAGUUGUGUUACAACUGUUUGCGAUCGUCACACAUUGCCAAGUCCUGCAGUUCGAAAUCAGUGUGCCGGAAUGCGGACUGCAAACAGCGUCACCACACGUUGUUGUGCCCGAAAAGUACGGUGAGACAAGUGGUGAACGAGAGCGCAACGGAAGAAAACUCCACGAUCGAUCCUGUCGUCACGAUGGUGGCGCAAGUGCCAGCGGAUGUGCCACGGAAAGCGUUCAUUCUGCCCACAGCCAUCAUCCGCAUUCGGGGAGUUGACGGCCGUCUGAUUCAAGCACGGGCACUCGUCGAUUCCGGUUCCGAAGCAUCGUUGAUCUCGGAGUCCUGCGUUAGCAAACUCGGACUGCCACGUGCCAACGGAAAGGUGGCGGUCACCGGUAUGGGGCAACAAGCCGCUGGAACAACGCGAGGAGUGGUGAAGCUCGAAAUUGCCAACCGGUUCGACGAUACAAGCGUACUACAGACGAUGGCCUACGUAAUGGGGAAACUGACGUCCACACUCCCAACGCAGCUCUGCCAGGUGCAUCCAAGCCUCUUGGACAGAGAUGUUCAAGAUUUCCUCGCUGAUCCGGCGUAUCAGCGGCCGGGGCCGAUUGAUUUGAUCCUGGGAUGUGAUGUCUUUCUUGCUCUAUUGCGGCCGGGGCAAGUCAAGGACGACGGAGGGGUUCCUGUUGCGCAGAACACAAUCUUCGGGUGGAUUGUGUCCGGGAAUCAAGCCAUCUACACGCAUCGUAUCCAAGCCAACGUCUCGAUAGUCAAUCUUCACGCAGAGUUAGACAUCAACCGCACCUUGCGGAUGUUUUGGGAGCAGGAAGAGAUUCCGAAACCGGCGCAACUUACUCCAUCUGAAGAAGCGGCCGCCGAGUUUUUCAAGUCCACGCUUUCACGGGAGAAAGAUGGACGUUUCAUCGUACGAUUGCCGUUUGACGAGUCGAAACCGGCGCUUGGGGAAUCGCUGGGUCCAGCCAUCAAACGAUUGCGAUCAAUGGAAAGGCGUUUCCGGAGUGAUUCGGAGUUCCACAAGCUUUACUCCGAUUUCCUCACCGAGUACCAGGCCCUGGGGCACAUGGAAGAGGUGCCAGCGAACGAGGUGGAAGUAGAAGCUGGAAAGUGUUGCUAUCUACCUCACCACGCCGUCGUCAAGGACAGCACGACAACAAAAUUGCGAGUGGUUUUCGACGCCUCCUGUGCAACGUCGACCGGAGUGUCUCUCAAUGACAGGCUGCUUGCAGGACCCAACGUGAACCAGGAGCUGUUCUCUGUGUUUCUGCGCUUUCGAACCUACAAGGUGGCGUUUACGGCAGAUGCUGAAAAGAUGUACCGACAGGUGUGGGUGCAUCCAGCGGACCGGAACUAUCAGCGGAUCGUGUUCCGCGAAACGGAGGACCAACCCAUCAAGCACUACCGGCUGUGCACCGUUACUUACGGCACCAAGUGCGCUCCGUACUUGGCAAUCGAAUCGAUGAAGCAAGCAGCCAGCGAGUUCAAACUCAAGUAUCCGGAGGCGGUCCAGAAGAUCGAGUUGGACACGUACGUCGACGAUUUUCUCUCCGGAGCACAAACGGUGCAGCGGGCGAAGGAGUUGAAGAGCCAAGUCGUGGAGAUUCUGGAGUCCGCUGGUUUCCACCUGCGGAAAUGGACCACGAAUUGCCCGGAGCUACUUCAACACGCGGCGGAGACAGACCAGACGCCGGUUGAGGUGAAUCUGGACGAACGAGCGAACGCGGUCAAGGCACUUGGAAUUUUGUGGCAUCCCAAGGAGGACGAAUUCUCGUUCAAGGUCAACCUCAGCCCGAACAGUGUCAACACCAAACGACAGCUACUUUCGGAUUCUUCCAAGCUGUUUGACCCGUUUGGAUGGCUGGCACCCGUGACCAUUAAAAUCAAGAUUUUGUACCAACACUUGUGGCUCUGCGAACUCUCUUGGGACGAUGGUCUGCCAGCUACUGUUGAACCAGCGUGGAAGGAGAUCAAGGAGACGCUACACCUCCUGGAACAGAUACGCAUCCGGCGAUUCGCACCCAACAAGGACGGCAAGAUCGAGCUGCACGGGUUUUCGGAUGCAUCGGAAGCGGCGUACUCGGCGGUGGUGUAUGCGAGGGAACCUGACGAAACUGGGCAAGCGGAGAUGAACCUACUGGCAGCUAAGACGAAGGUGGCGCCGAUACGCCAAGUGUGCGUGCCCAGACUGGAGUUAAACGGUGGGACUCUUCUGGCAAAUCUGAUGCUGGCGAUAGUGCAGGCGCUUUCGCAUCUCGAGGUGGAACUCUACGCAUACACGGACAGCAGCAUUGUUCUUCACUGGCUAUCCGCGCACCCACGCAAGUGGAAGACGUAUGUGGCCAAUCGUACGUCGGCCAUUCUCGAAGUGCUGCCACGUGAUCGCUGGAGCCACGUGCGAAGCGAGAACAACCCGGCAGACUGCGCCUCUCGUGGGCUCACCCCAGCUGAGCUGGUAGCUCACCCUAUGUGGCCCCAUGGGCCCAAGGAGAUGAACUCGAAGGAUGACAGCUGGAAGAACGUACCACUCGAACCGAUAGACGACGAGGACCUGUUGGAAACCCGCCAGCUCAAGGUGUUGCACAGUACUGCAAUGGUCAUCCGAACGGACUACAGCAUCGAGUCACGGCUGUUGGCACGGCGGUCGAGCUACACGCUCAUUGUACGUACACUGGCGUACGUCAAUCGAUUUCUGUUGGCACUCAAGUCUGAAGAUGCAACCUUGGAACCAGGUCUGUCCCCAAACGAAAUUUACGAUGCGAAAGCUCAGUUGGCUCGACUUGCACAACACGACGCGUACGAGAAGGAAAUUCAGCUGCUACUGAAAGGCGAGGAACUCCCGGCCAAGGACAAGCUAUCUGCUCUUCAUCCGUUCAUCCGGCACAAUGCGAGUAGGAGGGCGGCUUCAGAACUCCUCGCAUCCGUACGAUGUCAAGCACCCCAUCAUCUUGCCGGGCAGCUUGGACUACAAGCAGCUGUUCGUCAAGCGGUUCAGGGUUGCGCCCGGUGCGUACGGCUCAAGGGAAGGACGGCUUCGCAACUCAUGGGCAGCCUGCCUGUGACUCGAGUGAUGGGGACUAGAGCAUUUGCGCACGUCGGCGUGGAUUACGCAGGUCCCGUGAAAGUUCACGCAUCCUGCGUGCGAGGCGUAAAGACCACAAAGGGAUACAUCGUAGUUUUCGUGUGCAUGGCCACAAAGGCCGUCCAUUUGGAACUCGCCAGUGAUUUAUCUACCAACACCUUCAUUGGCGCACUGAAGCGGUUCGUAUCGAGGCGUUCGCACCCGAACGAGAUGUGGUCCGACUGCGGCACAAACUUUGUGGGAGCAGACACGUGGCUGAAGGAGAUUCGAGGUGCGCUGGAGAAGCACAACGUAGCUGCUAACCGGUUCCUGACUAAUUUGGGCAUCAAAUGGGUGUUCAAUCCACCAUCAGCACCGCACCGUGGUGGGCUCUGGGAGGCCGCGGUAAAGAGUGCAAAGAAGCAUCUGGUCGCGGUGCUAGGAUCCGACGCAGCUACAUUUGAGGAACUUUCAACGGUGCUGACGCAAGUAGAGGCAUGCCUCAAUUCACGUCCGUUGUGCCCACUUUCGGCGGACCCGGAUAGCUACGAAGCAUUGACACCUGGUCACUUCUUAGUUGGACAACCGCUAAACCUCAUCCCAGAACCAGGUGUGCAGCACCUCCCGAUGAACCGCUUGGACAAGUGGCAAUUGGUACACAGACAUACGACGGAUAUUUGGAGCCGUUGGCGUGAUGAAUAUCUCGCUCACCUGCAGCCAAGAACGAAGUGGAGGACGACCGAGACCAACGUAAAGGAGGAUCAGCUGGUGCUGGUCAAAAACGACAACGCACCGCCGACUCAGUGGGAGUUGGCCAGGAUUGUGAAGCUGCACCCGGACGCAUCUGGAGUGGUCCGGACGGUAACGCUGCGACGAGGUCAAGCGGAGUACUUGCGCACCGUUCAAAAGAUCUGUGUACUACCAACUGAUUGA